CAUCUCCUGUCUCCGCCCCUCUAACUCACGGUCUUCGCGUGAGCUGCCUUCACAGACAUCCAGCAAGAGCCUCAUUUAUAGCCAGCCCCCCCAGGAAGCAGCUAUCUGAUCUGCCCAGGCUGUGACGGCAGGCCGAAGAUGAAGGCUUUUCUUCUCCCCCUGCUUGCUGGGAUUCUGUGUGUGGAGCAAGCUCACUCACUGGUCUGCUUCACCUGUAGUGAAGCGUCCUCCAACUGGGGUUGUCUGGCACCAGCUACAUGUCCCAGUGAGGCAAACUACUGUGUGACCACCUAUCUUGGUGCAGGAAUUGGUGGACAUUCUGGGCAGAGCAUCUCCAAGGGGUGUGCUUCAGUUUGUCCCAGUGCUGGGAUAAACAUUGGGAUACUAGCUGCCUCCGUUUCCUGCUGCAGUUCUUUCUUGUGCAACAUCAGCGGGGCCACCAGUGUGAAAGUCAGCUACUCUGUGCUGGCUAUGGCGAUCUUGGCCAGCUUCGUCUAUAUCAGGGCUGGACUGUGAUCGGGCCAGGAAAAAAGAACUUGAUGCCCUGAAGAACCUGCUCAGGCUUCUCCAACAAGACACCAACCCCCCACUCUGUGCAAAUCUAUACUUACCGAUGGUGCCCUUUCUUCCAAACUCUCUCUAAGAUCCCAUUAGACAAUACCUGCCCUCUUGCCAUUCACAAGGAAAUCUUGCUGCUUUCACUGGGUGCCCCUCUGUGCCUCCUAGUAGAUCUGGAUUGCUGCUCCCAUGGUUUUGUGUGCAGGAGGCCUGGGAAACUCAACUGAACAGUGCAGUCCCACUUGUGCUCUUAACUCAUCAGGAAAUGGUGGAUAAUGUUGGCAGGCAUCUGCUUUUAUACCCGGAGUCCCAGUUGAUGGGGCUGAUUUAAAAAAAAGGUCAGGGCUCACCAGGAAAUGUUUUUCCCAAACCACCUCCAAAGCGGAAUACUUAAACAUCCCUGCCUCUUGCUACCGCAGAGACAUUUCCCAUCCACGUCACGCUAGGGAUCAGUGCCAGACUGACUGCUGGGAAGGCAUGAUCCAAAACCAAACCUCAGAUACAUUCACCCCCGGUUGGAUUCUGUUUUUUUACAUUUUUUUUAAUUCUGCUUCUUGGCUGACUUUUCUUAUGUAAAACGAAUGCAAUGUGAUGCAUGUGAGCAUCACACCUGAAUAAACACCUUCCUGUUCUUGCCUGA